AUCAUGUCUAUCGCACGUUUCAUCGUCGCCGGCCUUGCCAGCAUCGCCAGCGUCUCUGCUCUACCACAAGGGGCAGCGCCCUUUAGCAGUGCCGACGUCACCAAUGUCGCUCGCUUCAACACUCUUCUUACGGUCAACGGAGAUGGCAAAGAGCUUCUUCCUGCCAACGAGCUCCGCGAUCGUGUCGUAUUUGACUUUGGUGCUCGAGCCGCACCUCUCGGCAAAGGAGGACGCUUCGUUCUCGCAAAUGAAAACAACUUCCCCAUCUUGGUUGAACAAGGAAUCUCUACUGCCGUGGCUUUCCUCGAACCAUGUAACAUGAACAGCCCUCACACCCACCCUCGUGCCACGGAAUGGCUCACCGUCGUUCAAGGCCAAGUCAAGACUGGCUUCAUGCUGGAGAACGGAUUCCUCGCGGGCAAGGAAACAGGCCAGCUGACGACUCAAGUCUCUGCCGAGCUCUCCGCUUUCCAAGGCACCAUUUUUCCUCAGGGCUCAAUUCACUUCCAGUUCAACGACCAGUGCGAACCUGCCACCUUCAUUGCCACUCUAAACUCCGCCGAUCCGGGCACUUCUCAAGUCGCGCAGAACUUCUUCUUCUUGGACGACAGGGUCGUUGAUGUUGCGCUUGGCGAGAUCAAUCAAAUAAACGGCAAGAACAUCGACCAGUUCCGUACCACUCUCCCGGCCAACUUGGUGCAGGCCGUGGACUCUUGCCUGGCUCGUUGUGGUCCCAAGUACUGA